UUAUGGGCUUAAUCACAUGUAACGAUGGCCUAUAUAUAUACACUGUUUCAUUAUUAUGUUCUUAUCCAUCUUUCAGUAAUAAGAGUGCAAUAUCUAAAGUAAGUCAUAACCUAUACUCCCAUGGAUGCGUCAACACUUCCUAUUUUGAGCCAUGCUUCAGAUUCGUUAGACAAGAUUAGAUCCUCCGAUCCAAUGUUAGAUCUCGAAUCUGGCACCAAUCAUGAGUUGAGCAAAACUGCUCCGGGAGUGUGGCGAGUUCCUACAAAUACCGACCUAUGUUGUAUCUACCGAGUCCCAAACUGUCUGCGUCAAGUUAGCCCCGAAGCAUACACUCCUCAAUCAGUUCUCAUCGGACCUCUUCACCAUUCUUCGAAACUCAAAGCUCUCAACUCUCAUGGAGAUAUAACAAACGCAAUUAUGGACUACUUAAACAUGGAAGAGCACAAGAAGUUUUACCUAGUGAAAUUCGCGAAAAGGCUUGAAGGGAACAAUAUCAUUGAUGGAUUCAAGAGAGUGAUCAAAGAAGACGAAGAUAUGAUCAGAGCAAGCUAUUUAGAAUCAACGGCCUGGAUUAAAUCUCGAGAGUUCGUGGAGAUGAUCCUACAUGACUCUGUUUUCAUACUAGAGCUCAUGUUGAGGUUUUCUGUUGCAGGAACUGAGAAAAUAGGGGAUCCUCUCAUAGACGAGCCAUGUCUUGAACUCACAAUCAAGAGAGACUUCAUCUUGCUCGAGAACCAGAUUCCAUUCUUCAUUCUUGAAAAACUCUUUGAUCCGGUAGUUUCAAUACUCCGCGGCCAGACAUUCCACGAACUAACCAUUAACCAUUUUGGAUUCCUAGGCAAGAGGGGAAGCGAAGCAAAGUUCAGACAUUGAUAUUAUUUAGAAGUAAUGUCAUUACCCCUUCAACCCUCAUGUCUGUAACUACAUCAUGUUCUUGGAUUUCCUCAUCGACACUGACAAAGAUGUAGACUUGCUGGUCGAGAAAGGUAACAUUUUCGUCGAACUAGGUCAUGUCCUAGUCCCUCCAUUUAUUUUCUAGAGUAAUCAGGCUUAU